UUUCGGGAAGCCCAGAGAAAAACCAAGUGCUCUUUAAGCUGCAUACUAACUAAAAUGGAUAAAUCUAUACUGAAUCUAAUGUUGUCGAAUGUUGAAGGUUCUUCGGAAGACCCUAUAUCUGAAACCAAUUCGGUAUGCGAUGGUUUCGAGUUCAUGGGCAUUAAUGAGUGCAAAGAAAACUGUUAUCGGAAAAUUAAACCAAUUUUGCAACAAGCAGCUCAGACAAUUAAAUUGAAAGAUCGUCAAAUUAAUAAUCUUAUUAACUUGGCCCUUAAAAACUACCCUGAAUCUAAAAAUUUGCUGCAAACUGAGUCUUCUGAAGCUAAUAAAGAGGAGAUAAAUGUCUUAACAAUUGUAUCAAACAAUGAAAAUCAAGUCAAGGAUGAAAAUGGAAAGAGUCCUGAAGUAACAAACCCAGAAACCGAUAAUCACCUGGAUGAGAAAGAUGUUAUUAUAAAGCUUUAUCAGACCAAAAUUAAGCAAUUAGAAGAUGAAAUAAAAACAAUGAGCAAAAAACUCAAAGGACGCGUAGACAAAUAUCCCAACAAAAUGGUAUUUCGCACAAAUUUUGAUGUUCCCAUCUUGUGCACAAUCGAAAAUGAUGUAGCUGGUCCUGGAUGGAUAGUGAUUCAACGUUAUGAAAUGUGCGAAGGGGAAUUAAAAGAAAUUAUUUUGCUUGGUUCAAAGUUCUUGCACGAUCUCAUGAAAGAUCAGCUGUAUGAAUUAUAUAUUCAUGUUGUUAAUGAGGAUGGAAGUACUUCAUAUGCGCAUUAUGAUAACUUUAAAAUUGAUCCCAAUUCCCAAACGAUUACGUCAUUGGGCAGUCUUAAGACAUCAAUGGAAAUUUCUGGGAAUUUCAUCGGCAAACCACACGCCGAUAUAUACAAGUAUUUCGGCCAUAAGUCUAUUAAAUUUCAAUUAAUGAUACGACAAAAGCUGAACUUAUUUUUACAGCAAGUUGUUGAUGAUAAAAAUUAAAUAUUGCGGACAUCGCCUAUAGAAUACACAUACGUAUACUAAAAAACGAAUUAAAAACAUCUUUUGACAUAAGUCCCGCUUUCACAACAAAAUGAAUUUAAUUGAAAAGA